CCGAAAAGGUACAGUGCGGUAAAACGGGCGAUCCGAAAAAUAUACCUUUCUCUCUCUCUCUCUCUCUCUCUCUCUAUCAACCGUUCAUCUUCUCUCUCUGACUCCGUAAAAACAAAAGAAUUACAGAAAAGGAGGAAAAGUCUUCUUCUGGAUUUAUUUUUUGCUGUUCUAUCCAUUUCUCAGGUGUGGGAGAGAUCUCGCUUCUCCGUGCUGUUUAUAGUGCUUUGCCCAUCGAUGGAUAAACUUUGAGCUCUUUUUGCUAGAACCCAUAUCGGGAAAAGGGCAGAAAUACGAAUAAUAAGCAGUAGGGAAAAAUCUUUUUUUUUUGAACGGUGAUCGAAGGGUUGUGAAGGAAUCAUGGCGGUGGUUGAGAAUGCUGCGUUGAACGGCGUCGGAUCAUCGAACGGGGACGAAGCGACUGUGCAGAACGGCGUGGUUGCUGCUGAUCGUCAUCUCCAGUCUGCGAAGACUGAUCGGCGGUCAACUGAGCCCAGCGGGGUUCAGAAUUUCCAGAUGAUGCCGGGGGAGGAAGAUGAGGGCAUAAACGGAAAUGGUGUGGUGGGCGAGCAUCGUAACCCUUCGCCUCUGACAAAGAACGGCGAUGAUUUGAUGAUAAAUGGGGAGAUUGAUAAGGGCGGCGAUGGUGGCGGAGAGGAGGGGUAUAAAAGGGAGAAAGAAAUGAGGGAUUUGGCCGACAUGCUGUCCAAAUUAAACCCCAUGGCUGAGGAGUUUGUGCCGCCUUCUUUCUCCAAGUUCACGCCUGUGCUUCUCCCUCCCGGCUGUCAUUUCGGGUAUGAUGCUGCCGGCUUUAUUGCUCUGCAGACACCUUCCGGCCUUCCUAAUGGCAAUUUUCUCAGAAGGUUGCAGAAGAAGAAUGGGCAUACUAAUGGGAAGAGAAGACUGAAUAAUAGAACAAGCAUGGCACAAAGAGAAGAGGUCAUAAGGAGAACUGUUUAUGUGUCUGACAUUGAUCAUCAGGUCACUGAAGAACAGCUUGCUGCACUGUUUCUCACAUGUGGCCAGGUUGUUGAUUGCCGUAUCUGUGGUGAUCCAAACUCUGUCUUGCGUUUCGCUUUCGUUGAGUUUACUGACGAAGAAGGAGCAAGAAAUGCUUUGAGUUUGGCAGGAACUAUGCUUGGCUACUAUCCAGUGAGGGUGCUUCCUUCCAAAACAGCAAUAGCACCGGUCAACCCCACAUUUCUUCCACAGUCUGAAGACGAGAGAGAAAUGUGUGCAAGAACUAUAUAUUGCACAAACAUUGACAAGAAGGUUACUCAUUUGGAUGUCAAGCUCUUCUUCGAAACUAUUUGUGGAGAGGUCCUUCGCUUGCGGUUGCUUGGUGACCAUAAUCAUACAACCCGCAUAGCCUUUGUUGAGUUCGUAAUGGCUGACAGUGCAAUUGCUGCUUUGAACUGUAGCGGUGCAGUUUUGGGAACACUUCCUAUCAGGGUAAGUCCAUCAAAGACACCCGUUCGACCACGCGCUCCCCGUUCUGCUGGAAUGCAUUGAUCUACAUAUAUAUCCAUAUAUACCUACGCAUCUCAUCCUCGUCACUGCGUUUGAAGCAUUCACUGCUACUGGAGCUGUUCCCUUUAUCUCUUGCUUUCUAUAUAUAUAUAUAUAUAUAUAUGUGCACAUAGAUACGCUGCAGCCCCUAUAUAUGUUACGAUUAUCCCGGCUUUUAAGUGACAACUGAGAAGGUGGGACAUGAUCCAUUAGAGGUUUUUGAGUUGUCAUGAGGUUUAUUUCUGGUGAUGGUUAUAUUUAUAUUGGGACCGUUGUUAGCAUAUAUAUAUGUUUAAACUCUCUGGGCAAUGUGCAUCAAAAGUACUGAUGAUGAGUGAUA